AUGGCAACACACCAAGGUCCUCAUCACCAUGCCCUACUCUUCGCCUAUCCCCUCCAAGGCCACAUCAUCCCGGCGGCCAACCUCGCCAUCAAGCUCGCAUCCCGGGGUUUCGUCGUCACCUUUGUCAACUCACACUACAUCCACUACCAAAUCACAAAAUCCAAUUCUUCUUCGUCUAGCAACGGUGACAAAGAAGAAAAAAAUAUGUUCGCGGCUGCACGGGAAUCAGGCCUAGACAUACGGUACACUACCGUGUCUGACGGCCUGCCCGUGAGCCACGACAGAUUUGGCAACCUCCACCAGUUCCAUGCGGCAAUGUUGCACGUACAAUCAGCACACGUUGAGGAACUGGUGGAGAAUGUGGUGAAGAAUUCAGUGCCCCGAGUGAGUUGCUUGGUUGCAGACACGUUCUUUGUUUGGCCAUCUGCCAUAGCUAAGAAGUUUGGCCUUGCUUACGUGUCGUUCUGGACAGAACCUGCUUUGGUUUAUAGUCUCUACUAUCAUUCCGAUCUUCUUGCAAAGAAUCGUCACUUUGCUUGCAAGGACAUGAGGAAAGAUUCCAUUGACUACUUACCUGGGGUGGAAACAAUUGAUCCAAAGGACCUAACAUCAUAUCAUCAAGAAUCAAAAGACACAUCUACAAUGUUCCACCAAUUGAUUUCUGCUUCCUUCGUUGAUGCUAAAGGUGCAGAUUUUGUGCUAUGUAACACAGUUCAAGAGCUAGAGCCGACAGUCAUAGCUGCAUUACAAACUUUUAAGCCAUUCUAUGCAAUUGGGCCCAUUUUUGCACCUGGGUUCACCAAUACCACCAUGGCCACUAGCCUAUGGUCCGAGUCAGACUGCACCCAAUGGCUCAAUUCCAAGCCUCGUGGUUCGGUCUUGUAUGCUUCUUUUGGUAGCCUAGCCCAUAUGACAAGAAGGGUACUUGAGGAAAUUGCAAAUGGGCUUUUGCUUAGCAAUGCGAGUUUUGUUUGGGUGCUUAGGCCCAAUAUUGUGGGCUCGGUCAAGGUUGAUCCGCUGCCCGUCGGAUUUCGGAAGGCGAUUCGUGACCGUGGGAUGGUAAUACCUUGGUGUAGUCAAACCCAAGUCUUGGCCCACCCUGCUAUUGGAGGAUUUUUGACUCAUUGUGGUUGGAAUUCUAUAUUAGAAGCUAUUUGGUGUGAGGUUCCAUUGUUGUGUUUCCCUUUGAUGUCUGAUCAGUUUACCAAUAGAAAACAAGUGGUGGAUUAUUGGAAGGUUGGGAUUAAUUUAAGUGAUCGAACGGUGAUUACAAAGGAGGAAGUCUCGAAGAAUGUUAGCCGUUUGAUGGGCGGACCUUUAGGAGACCAACUAAAGACUACAGGCAAAGAGAUCAAGAAAAAAUUGGAAGAUGCAUUGAGCCCUAGUGGAUCUUCAGAGAAAAAUAUGGAAUACUUCAUCAAAGAUCUAAAUACCAAAUCCCAUGGCCAAUGA